AUGCACGAGAUCGUUACAGUUCAGCUGGGUCAGCGAGCCAAUUAUCUAGCAACCCAUUUUUGGAAUAUUCAGGAGUCAUAUUUCACGUAUGAUGGAGAUGAAGAAUCUCCGGUUGACCAUGAUGUUCAUUUCCGACCCGGUGUGGGAGCCGACGGAUCUGAGACGUAUACUCCCCGAACCGUCAUCUACGAUCUAAAAGGCGGCUUUGGAACAUUACGAAAGCAUAAUGCACUGUAUCAACUCACGGAGGAUACCGUUCCGGGCCAAGGGUUGUGGGAUGGUAAAGAGAUCAUACAGCAGCAAGCCCCAAUCCCCCAAAGUGACUAUCAGAGAAGUCUAGAUCUAGGCACAGCUGCACCUCGACUGACCUCAGAGACUGUGCGAUAUUGGUCUGAUUUCAAUCGCGUCUAUUAUCAUCCGCGGUCAAUUGUUCAAUUGAAUGAUUAUGAGCUCAAUUCUCAAGUCAUGCCAUUUGAGGAUUGGAAUGUGGGCGAGGACCUAUUUCACGACCUUGACAAGGAGCAUGACCUUCUGGAUCGCGACAUCAGACCUUUUGCAGAAGAGUGCGAUCAAUUACGCGCACUUCAAAUCUUCGCUACAUCCGACGAUGCCUGGGGUGGGUUCGCUGCGCGAUACAUUGACCGCUUGCGAGAUGAGUAUGGGAAGAAAAGUAUAUGGAUGUGGGCUAUUGAAGAUGGAGCAAGGACACAGCGCAACCAUCAAUUCAAGAAGGACAUCAACAAGGCGAAGUCGAUAUCUUCUAUCUCACCGCAGGUUAACCUUUAUGUGCCUCUUCUCGAUGUUCCUCAGAAACUCCCGUCCUACCUAAGUGUGGAUCGCCAUUCAGCAUGGCAAAGGUCUGCGCUUCUUAGUUCUGUGGUGGAAUCGGUGUCUCUACCAUCUCGCUUGAGACCAUACCAUGACUUCGAGGCCUCUCUCGCUGGGGACGACGGAAGACACAACAUUUACGAGCUACAAACAUCCUUCAAUCCCCCCAAAACGAAUGAUGAAUCGUCAACAAAACCUCGGCGCACAUUUGACAUAAAUUUUAGCUACGAGAGUCCAGACAAGGAUACAACGACGAUUUUUAAUCAAGUCCAAGUGUAUCGCGGCAGUGAACCCAGGAAUAGCGGGGAAUUUUCAGCCCAGAACGAUAUCGGACACACGCGGAAGCUGCGCUUUUACAACUCCGAGCCAAUGUUGCAGAGGUGGGAUGAAUUCAUUCCAAAUCAUUUUGUGCUGCCUACUGACCUGGAUUAUCAUCAUUGUCUCAGUUAUCGCAGCCCCCUACGUCUUCCUGUUCUAGAUAGUUUCCCACAUGAGCUAUUCUCGGGUAUUCCGUCCAAUGUGGAUGGGUUGAGUGUGGUUACUGCACUGACCGCUUCCACACGCACUGGUGAACAAAUCAAGAUGCUCCAGGCCACCGCCGCGCGGAUCUUAUCAGUCGAUGAACGAGAAGCAAUGGUUCAUGGACUUGGUGAAAUUCGAGAGAACUAUGAGACUGGGUGGAGCAGUGGAUCUUCUGACGAUGAAGACGACUGA